AUGAAGAAGAAUUAUAAUAUACUUGACAGUGUUUCUGACGUGGCCGCAAGUUGUGGAGAUGUUAUUGUGAUGAAGAAAGUGUUAGAUUGCAGCGCUCACUUGCAGAUCUCAGACACAUGUACAGUUCUGCAUGCUGCUCUUAACGCUGACGUUAGCGAGGAUAAAAUGUUCAAGAUGGUGGAAAUUUGUCUCCACAAGUUUGAAUUGCUACCAGAAAAACAGUUGGUCAAUUCACCAGAUGACAAAGGAAUGACAGCUCUCCACCUGGCAGCUUUGCAAGGGAAAGCACGUGUCUGUGAACUGCUUCUUCAGCACGGUGUCAAACCCGAUGUUCAAGACAUGACAGACCGACUGCCACUGCACUAUGCAAUUGAAAAGAGGAACGAGCAAGUUAUUAAUUUGCUGUUUGGGAAGGACGUCUCUGAGUAUUUUCAUACAAAGGGAAUCCCGAUGUUAAGUUUUAAAAGCAGUGACGGGCAAAGCCCUUUGGAUGUUGCAGUUACCCAGAAUAAUAUCAAACUAAUGACAAAGUUAAUGUCAAUUGUAGAGCAAAAACCUGAGUCGUACAUUGAUAAAGUGGACGGUGUCAAGCUUCUGCAUGAAAUUGCAUUUCAAGGUAGUGCAGAUAUUGUGAGAAAACUGUUGGAGGGAGGAGUCAAUCCACUAGAUGUCGACGAGGAGGGGAAAACGGCUUUACAUUACGCUGCUAUGUGUAGAGAUAUUUACUCAGCAGUAGAAACAAUUGAUGUAAUUCUUGAUAAUUGUAAAGACGCAGAAACGUUGAAAGCAAUGGUGGAUUGGGAGGGUAAGACAGCUUUCCAUUUUGCAGCUUUGAAUGGGAAUAUGACGUCCGGAUUUUCGCGGCUCGCAGAUUUGCUACAUAAAAGGGACAUACAUGAUCGAAGCCCUCUUUAUUAUCUACUUCAAGCAAAGUUCGAUCAUGUUAGAGGUCUUCGUGAGUACAUAAAAGAGAUGGAGAAAGCAGGCAUCUAUUUGGGUGAUUUGAUAGAUUCCACAGGGCAAACCCCUUUGCAUGUGGCUGCUUCAGAGGGCAAAAUAUAUCAAGUAAAUGCUCUCCUUUCCAUGUCGAGACAUCCAAAAGAAUAUGUAAGAAGAGCCGAUUACUGGGGCAAACGGCACUUCACAAAGCUACAGGACGAGGACACUUGGAUACCAUGA